UGUAAAACACUUCAUAUUGUUGUGGACUGCUAUAAGAGCGAGCGACCCUAUCUACCACCACUCUCCAUCAUUUCAAACACCUACAACGUCCCUUCUUUCUUUCCUAAAACCUCACAAUUCUCCCUCUUUUGAAGCUUCUUAUACACAUCUCUUCCUAUAAGUAUACAACUUACUUUACAUUUGUUUCCUUGCAUUUCAAACGACUUUCCAUUUCACUUGCAGUAUAUGUUUUGAGAUAUGUCCAUUGUAGGACAUCCAGCCCCUGAUAAGAUGCUCACGAAAUCCGUUCACAGGAAAAAUGAUUCCGGCGAGCUUGAUGUCUUUGAGGCUGCCAAGUACUUCUCUGCUGCCAAUGAAAUUUACGCCUACGAAAAUGGUGCAGCUUUUGCACAAAAGGGCGUCAGAGAUCACCAUCAUCAUCAGGAAAAGCAGGCUUCAAAGGCUGGAAGAUUUAGCUUAGACGUGCCAAUGAGGAAUUCAAAUUCAAUCCCUUCACAAACUACGGUCAUGGAAAAGCAAAUGAUGAUCAAAGAAAAAAAACACAAGCAACCAAGCUCCCCUGGUGGUAAACUUGCUAACUUCUUGAAUUCGCUUUUCAGUCAAACAUCUUCGAGAAAGAAGAAAUCCAAAUCCACCACCACUACACAAUCUAAAAAGGACGAUCAAGAUGAUCAGAGCCCCGGUUGGAGAAGGAAAAGGAGGAGCAGCAUUAGCCAUUUUGGAAGCGCGACAAAUUCAGUCGAUUCAAGGUCUCUGUAUUCAACUUCAAGUUCAGGUUUUAGAACACCUCCCCCUUAUGCCCACACUCCCACAAAGACGUAUAAGGAUCUCAGAAGCUAUUCAGAUCAUCAGCAAGUUAUCUCCUUCUCCAAACAACCAGGAAAUCAUGUCAAGUCCAAUAAUAUUGCGGUACAAAAUGGUGUUCAUGCUGAAAAGAAACAAUCCCAGUACAGCAUGGACUGUGCCUGGUUGGAUGAUAAAUACAAGCUGGUUGAUCACAAUCUGCAGAGUUUCAAGAAUGCUAACGUGGGAUAUCCACAGAAAAUUGAAGCGAAUAAUUGGGCUGAUCGGUACUUGUCCGAGGAAAAGGGAUUCAUGAAGUUCAACGAUGCUGAUGAUGGUGCAGAUAGUGAUUCAAGUUCUGAUCUAUUCGAAUUGCCAAAUUAUGAUUUGGAUUUCUAUUCCAGUGGUUUACCGGUUUAUGAGACAACAAAUAUGGACAGCAUCAAGAGAUGUGCACCUAUAUCUAGUGCAGCAGCAAGAUAAUUUUAUCUCCACUUCUCUCUCUUAAUUCAUCACAAGCACUUCAUUAUUGUCGAUGUUGAACUUAGAAAUUGGUGAUGAAGAGAAGAUUAAUUAAACCCUUCUUUUGGGGGGGUUGAGAUCCAGAUAUGGUUUAAGAUUCUCCCUUUUACGUUCUUUUGAAUGUUCUGCACAACUUUUUUCUGUAUGUACAGUUUGGAAUGUUGGUUGGUCUCAACUUUUUUCCCUACUAGUUUUCAAGUAAAGUCAUAUAUAGUGCAAAAACAACAGCAUA